UCAGACGAAAGCGGUAGUAGGUGGGAGUGAACCUCUCUCCUCGCCUCACUGCUCUUUGGUGGAUGUGUGCCGUGGAUGACAAUCGUUGUUGAGCCCGUUGCAGCAGCAGCAGCAGCGGUUGGUGUGUUGGUCGGUCAGUUGGUGUAUUUAUCGCCGCCGCAGCAGCAGAGGACGGUGAAGUGAAGCCUGUGGAAGGAGAGAAAGGAUUUUAUUUGCCGGACAUGGCUACCCAAACGACAGCGUCGUGCACUGGAUCCACUCUGUUGCAGCCAAUCAGUGAAAUUAUCAACCUCCCUCUUGACCAGGUCAACUUUGUGGCAUGCCAGCUCUUCGCCCUGCUCUUGGCUGUGUGGUUCCGGGUGUACCUCCAUCCCAGUAAGACCAGUCCCUUCAUCAGACAUGUGGUGGCUACUCUCCUGGGUUUCUAUUUGGCCCUCUUCUGCUUUGGCUGGUAUUCCCUUCACUUCCUGGUGCAGAGUGGUCUGUCGUACAGUGUAAUGGUCUUCACUGGACUGGAGCGUAUGCACAAAUACUGCUUUAUCGUGACGAUGGGCUACCUGAUUGUGUGUCAGAUCACACGAGUCUACGUGUUCGACUAUGGCAUGUACUCUGCAGAUUUUACAGGGCCCAUGAUGGUCAUAACACAGAAGAUUACCAGCAUGGCAUUUGAAAUCCAUGACGGUUUGGCCAAGCGGGAAGCGCAGCUGAGUCCCACUCAGAAAUACCUAGCUAUCAGGCGGAUGCCCAGCUUGUUGGAGUAUCUGAGCUACAACUGCAACUUCAUGGGAAUCCUGGCGGGCCCCACCUGCUCCUAUAACGACUACACGGCUUUUAUUGAAGGCACGUGCUACCAGCGACGCCACCAAGAGAACGCCAAUGGCAAAGAGAACGGGAAACACAAGCAGUGUGAACCUUCAUCCAAGAAUGCUGUUAUCGCCAAGCUGUGUACGUGUGCCAUGUCGCUGGCCAUCUACCUGUCACUGUGUGAGGUGAUCCCAGUGAGGCGCGCCAUCGACGAUGACUUUGUCUCCUCCACACCCUUUCAUCUGCAAGUUGUUUAUCUUUACCUGGCCAUGCUGGCUCUGAGGCCAAAGUACUACUUUGUCUGGACACUUGCUGACGCGAUCAACAACGCUGCAGGAUUUGGCUUCAGUGGAUACGACACAGACGGAUCCCCACAGUGGGACAUGAUAUCCAACCUCAGAAUUCUAGACAUUGAGUUUGCCACCAGUUUCAAGUUGUUCCUGGACAACUGGAAUAUCCAGACAGCCGUCUGGCUCAAGAGGGUGUGCUACGAACGCUGUCCGGUCAACCCCACUGCUGCCACCUUCCUGCUGUCAGCCAUGUGGCACGGUGUGUACCCUGGCUACUACAUGACCUUUGUCACCGGUAUAGCCAUGACCAUGGCGGCACGUGCGAUAAGACACAACGUUAGACCAUACUUUCUGGUGUCUGACACGUACAAAUGCAUGUAUGAUGUCAUCACGUGGGCAGCUACUCAGAUUGCAAUCAGUUACACAGUGGUGCCAUUCGUCCUGCUUGCUGUGAAGUCCUCACUCAAGUUCUACACGUCCUGCUACUUCUGCUUACAUAUCCUGUGUCUGCUGGUGGUACUGGCCCUGCCCGUAAAAUCGAAACACCGGCAGGUCAAAGAGCAGCAGGACGGCCUCCAGAAGGACAGCCAACAGGUCUCCCAGACAGACCACAACAGGAGCCACUCAUCCACAGACAACUGCAACCAGAAAGUCAAAGCCACAUGAGGCUCAGGACAGCGACGCACAGUCCCUUAAGCAGCAGAAACGACGAGAUGAACUGGAAAAUACAGAGAGCUGGAGCAAACCAAAUACUGGGACGCACUGAGAUCCAAACAGGCAGAAAACACAAUUCAACAACUUGUCAAAUAUUCCAGCAGGGACUAUGACGGCAAUGAUAUUUCUGACACUGAUGAAAGAAAAUCAGAGCAGACAAAGGAAAGAGACUUAAUCCUAAUUGACCAGGAUAAGGUCAAAUGACUUCUCAGCUGCCUUAAACCCUCUAUGUACUUAGCAGGUGAAAGAACGGCUCAGAUGGUCCGCUGUGCAAAGCCGAACACCGUUCCACCGGGCUGGUGUGGGGUUGUCCAACAGGAGAGCAGUAUGUGGAGGGUUUUUGUCAUUAUCUGGACACAAGGCUCUGUGAGGUGGGAGGAAUAUUAAAAAAUAUGUUUGUGUAAAAAUAAAUAAACCUUUAUCAUCAGCUGCCAAUGUCAAACAGGCAUUAGGAUCCUCAAAACUUUGAUUUCUACGUCUUUUUAAAUGUCUGUAUUCCGGAAUAAUUCGCACUGUAUGUGUUUUGUAUUUAGAUGUUUGUGAAAAACUUUAAAAUCGAUUUGAAUUCUU